AUGGCUUCGGAGAAGAAAGUUGGUGAUGCGCUCUCGUCGGUUGUGCCUGUUUCGCCGGGUUGCGAUACACCCCGUGGGGAAUCGGUUACCUCCCUUCACUCCGGGCAAGGGAGUCCGCAGGCAGACGAUGAUGAUGGAUAUCAAUUGAUUGAAUUAGGCGACGGCCAUGUCCUGGUCGAGUUCAGUGACGGGUCUUUGAAAAACCCCAAUAACUGGUCUACAGGCAAAAAGUCAUACAUGGUCCUCGCAGCCAUAUUCCUCGUCAUGAACAGCGGCAUCUCCGCCUCCCUACCCAGCAACUGCGUCCCGGCCAUCAUGGAAGAUUUCCACAUCCAAGGCAAGGGCCAGAACGUGCUGCCCACGGCAAUUUUCCUAAUUGGAUACGUGGUUGGCCCGUUGGUUUUUAGUCCACUGAGCGAGACUAUCGGACGCAGGCCCGUCCUAUCUUGGACGCUCACGGCCUUUGUACUGGGGACGCUGGCAUGCGCCCUCGCGCCGAGCUGGCCGUCGCUUCUUGUUUUUCGACUGAUGUGUGGGCUUGCUGGCGCGGCGCCGCAGACGGUUGUUGGGGGGUUGUAUGCUGAUUUGUUUGGUGAUCAGAGGACGAGGGGGAGGGUUAUGGCUUUUUAUAUGGCGGCAUCCAGCUUUGGACCGAUUAUUGGCCCGAUCAUUUCAGGGUUCGCCGUCCAGUACGGCUGGCGCUGGACGUUCCGUAUUGAUGUCAUCCUGGCGGGUUGCUGCUGGCUUUAUCAUCUCUUCAUGUCGGAAACGUUCGCACCGGUCAUACUCAAGAAGCAAGCAGCGAGGCUGAACAAAGUGUCCGGGUCAACGUGCCAUGUCUCCAGGAAGCAGUUGCAGGCUAUCAACGCCAAGUCUAGCUUUGUCCAGAUCUUUACCCGGCCUAUCACCAUGCUGGUCACGGAGCCUAUUGUUCUAUGCAGUGCGAUAUACAUUGCUCUCGCAUAUAGCCUGAUAUUCUUCUACUUUCAGGCUUAUCCUAUUAUAUUCCAGCGUAUUACGUCCUCCCCAUAUCAUUCCUCACCCAUCUACUCUCCAAUACUUACAACCACAGUGGGCAUCGGCGCCGUCUGUUCAGGCCUAUUCUCCUUCUACUACGACACAAUCUACGAAAAGGCCAAAGCGCGCGGCAAGCCCUGGACCGCCAGCCCGGAAAUGCAGCGCCUCCCACUCUCCUGUAUCGCCGGGCCCUGCCUAACAAUCAGCCUCUUCUGGCUAGCAUGGACCGCGAACCGCAGCGUACACUGGACGGCACCCGUUCUUUCAGGCCUUCUCUUCGGCCUCGGAUACCAGACGAUCUUCAUCUCGCUGCUCACGUACGUCACGGACGCAUACCGCAUCUACUCGGCCAGUGCGCUGGCCGCGUCUGUCAUCCUGCGCAGCAUCGUGGGGGCGCUGUUCCCGCUGGCGGCGGACCCGCUGUAUGCGUCGCUUGGGGUGGAGUGGGGGACUUCUGUGGUGGGGUUUAUUAGUGUUGCUUGUGUUCCGAUUCCGAUGGUGUUUCUUUAUGCUGGGCCGUGGAUACGGAAGCGGAGUCGCUUUUGUCAACGGUUGUUGAGGGAGGAUGAGGAGAUGAAGGGGAUUGUGGGGGGGUUUGGGGGGGUGAGGGAGGUGUGA